UGUCUAUCCCUGUCUCGCUCCGUCUUCUUCUCUCGUCGCUCUCGCUCUCGCUCUCGCUCUCGCGCGUUCUCUUCGUCUCUCCUUUACUCGGUUUCUCUCUUUCUGGAUUGCCGUGUGCCGUCUCCCUCCACCCCACGCUUACCUACCCCUCCACCUGUCUGCCGCGUCGCUGCACACCCUCUCUACCCUCUGCCAACCCUACUCACACGAUCACGUACACCCGUACAAUUUUCCCUAUCCCCACCUACCGCGCGCCUUCUCUACCUUCCGCACGCGUUUUCUUUAUUUAUUCCGCGAUUCCACGGAGCAACGCAACGCUUCGCACACGAUGAAACGCGCGGCUUUUCCGUCCUCGCCUUUUUGAAAUCGUCGUCUCGCGUGCCAAUUUGUGCACGGGACUCGCCGCGGUAUUUCCAACUGGUCUCGCUCCCUGACCAUUGGUUACAUUUGCUGCCGAUUUCGUCGGCCACGCUCGACGAGACCGUCUCGUAAAAUCGACGCGAAUAACUACCGCUCUGCUGCUUCUCUCGCUCCCCCACCUCCCCGCGUCGCCGUCAUUCUCGCGGCCUCUGCCGUUUUCUUCUCUUUCUUCCCCUCGUUCGCCUCCUACUCCUCUUCCUCCGCCCUCUCCCCUCCCCCCUGCCUCCUCUACCUGCUGCUCUUUCAUCGCGUACGGUGUCUCGUUUUGUCGGACUAACGUUACUCGCGACGUUAUAUCGGCUCGCUCGUGUCCGUCCUUGGAUCGCAUAUGCACGUCGUAAACGCGACCGCGUGAAACGACGAUGCGAUCGCGUUUGCCGGUCGACUGGUGAAAAAUCGAUCCGGUAUUCCCGCGCUUGGUCCGCCGCUGCAACCGUCUCCCGGACAACGCCGACGAUCGCGGCCGGAUCGGCCACGGAAUCGGCCGCGUCGCGACCCUCGUUCCACGUCGACAUCGCCACCGUCCCGGGCGUCGUCGUUAUAACACCGGCAAUCACCUGUCACCAUCUGCACCAUCGCCGAUCACGUGGCUUGCUCGACGGCGACGCUGUACGACAAUGUUCACGCCGCGCCGCUAUGCGGCUCCGGCGUGGGCCACCCUGGCUCCGUCACGCCGAUGGGGUCAGCCACCGGAGCGGGGAAUUCCACCGGGGUAACCUGGUGGGCCAUGAUGAACGGUUCCCUCUACGAGGACAGCCCGCCACCGGUCCCGCCAACAGCCUCGAGCCUCGUAUCGAUCCAGCAACAACAGCAAGCUACAUCGACACCGGCUUCCCAUCAACAAGCCACUACACCGACCUCGCCAGCUGCACCGGCUUCCUCGGCUACGAGCGCGCCUUCGGCGCCCACAGCCAGCGCCAGCUCGACAUCGCCGAGCGCCUCCUCGGUGGCGAGCAACAGCGCGCCAGGCCCGCUCCAUAUACCCGCCAAGAGAUUGACCGCCACACCAGCCGCUUCCUCUUACGGCGAAGUCGGCUGCGUCGAGUCCACCGCCGCGCCCGCCGCUGGACCAGCGGGUGUCAUUCGUCAUUCCCAUUCGUCCUCGGCUGGCUCCCAAGGAGGUUGGAGUUACAGUCCCCAUCAUCCCCAGGACUCUCACUACUCGUCUGCCGCAGCCGCGGCUGACUCCCUCAAUCAUCACCAAACCUACGGGGGUAACAAUCCCCCGACCUAUUACAAUCUGGCGGCCGACCCUACCUCCACUUCCGGAUCCUCCAGGGACAACCGGAAAGCCAGCACGCUCAGCUUCUGGUCGCCAGCCGCGGCGACAGCGGGUUCCGCCGCCACCGCCGGCUCCACUUCCGACUACAAGUCCUAUAACUCGGCCGGUGUCGCCACCACCAGCUCCUCGACCGGGGCUGGCUCUUCCUCCGCCGCUACGGGUGCCACGGAUCCGGCCGUUUCUUCCUGUCAUCAGAGCUUCUCUCAGAGCUGGUGCAACUACGCGCCGUACACCACGGCUAGGCAUCACCAUCCGGUCGACACGGCUGGCCAUCAUCAUCCUCACUCGCAAGCCGGGGUUCCGUAUUUGGCGCCGUCCACGGCGGACGACCGAGGAAGGGUCACUGCCGCGAUGGUAGCCGCCGAAGGCGCAUUCCCACAUGACGGAUACGGUGGCCUUAGGAAUUACGGGGCGCCCGAACCUGUUACCUCCAGUCCGUACCCACCUCCAGUGAUGUGGGGUUCCUCCCCAUCUUCGUUGUUUCCCGCAGGUUCCCUGGCGGGAGUCGGCGUCGGUGUCGGCGUACCCGGGAUGGGCGUUGGUUGCGGAAGCUCGAACCCUCUGGAAUGGACCGGUCAAGUGACGGUACGAAAGAAACGCAAGCCGUACUCCAAGUUCCAGACGCUCGAGCUUGAGAAGGAGUUCCUGUUCAACGCGUACGUGUCGAAGCAGAAGCGAUGGGAGCUCGCGCGCAACCUAAAUCUAACCGAGCGACAGGUGAAGAUUUGGUUCCAGAACCGACGAAUGAAGAAUAAGAAGAACAGUCAACGGCAGUCGCAGCAGCAGAAUAACAACAACAACAGUAACGCCAACAACGCGAAUCAUCACGCGGCGACCGGUAGCCACCACCAUCCGAGCGCCGCACACGCGCCACCCUCGAGUCACCACGUGGUCGCGCAGGCGCACCACGCAAACGGUUCCGCGAAGCAUCAUCAGUGACCCGUGGCCUUCUCUGGGGUCGUCUUCGGCCAUCAUCAUCAUAGCCAUGGCUCAACGAACGGUUGCGUCGGAAACGGGACUGGAACCGCGACCGGGACCACGACCGGGACCGGAACCGGGACUGGAAACGGCACUGGUCACUCCGGCGGCCACGCGAGUCUGGUUACAGGUCACAGCCACACGCUUCACGCGCCCCAACCUCAAACGCCUCUGCCGACCCACGCCGCCGGUGCCUCCAACACCGUCACGCCCCCCACCGCUGUCGUUCAUCCUCACAUUCACGCACAUGCUCAUCAUCAUCAGUUGGCGCACGUGGCUCAGCAGUAUCCUGCGCUUCUUCAUCAGACGCCUCAUGGCCUGGCUGCCUGAACGCGAGAUCAUCCUUCAGGUUUUGACGCCCCCAGAGAAAUCGUGGAUGAGUCGUGCCAUCGUACACGGCUCGACCUUGCAACGCAACUUCUUCAUGACCGCCGUCGUCGUCGUCGUCGUCGUCGUCGUCGU